AAUAUGACAGUCCAUUGAAAGAAUUUCCAUAUAAAACAACUAACCCCAUUACUUCACCCAACUCACUACUCAUUUCAUUUUCUGCACAUCUUCUUAAAUCCCCUUUAACCCCUCUUUGUUGUUGCACAGCAAUGUUCAAGACAUUGAAGUCAUCUGAGGGAUUUCAAGAUUGAAGUACUUAAAAAUCUUUAGGGAUGAUGGCUGUGAGCUCCGCUUGUAGGGAUGCUAACAAAAUGGCGGUAGAUGCUGGAAAAUAUGUCAGAUAUACUCCUGAGCAGGUUGAAGCCCUUGAGAGGCUCUACCAUGAUUGCCCCAAACCCAGCUCCCUUCGCCGCCAACAGCUUAUUAGGGAAUGUCCUAUUCUCUCCAACAUCGAGCCCAAACAAAUAAAAGUUUGGUUUCAGAAUCGAAGAUGUAGGGAGAAGCAGAGGAAAGAGUCAUCGAGGUUACAGGGAGUGAACCGGAAGUUGACAGCAAUGAACAAGCUGUUAAUGGAGGAGAAUGAUAGGUUGCAAAAGCAAGUGGGUCAGUUGGUUUACGAAAAUAGCUACUUUCGCCAACAUACCCAGAACGCGGCAACACUAGCCACCACCGAUACCAGUUGCGAGUCAGUGGUGACAAGUGGGCAGCAACAAACAACUUCUCAGCGUCCUCCAAAGGAUGCUAGCCCUGCAGGACUUGUGUCUAUUGCAGAGGAAACUUUAACAGAGUUUCUUUCAAAGGCUACUGGAACCGCUAUUGAGUGGAUCCAAAUGCCUGGAAUGAAGCCUGGUCCGGAUUCCAUUGGAAUCAUUGCUAUUUCUCAUGGAUGCACUGGAGUUGCGGCUCGUGCAUGCGGUCUUGUGAGUCUAGAACCCACAAGAGUUGCUGAUAUUCUGAAAGAUCGUCUUUCAUGGUAUCGUGAUUGUCGAGCUGUGGAUGUGAUGAAUGUGAUGUCUACUGGAAAUGGAGGAACAAUCGAACUGCUAUAUAUGCAGCUCUAUGCACUCACAACUUUGGCUCCAGCACGUGAUUUCUGGUUGAUGCGCUACACAUCUCUUCUUGAAGAUGGUAGUGUUGUGAUUUGCGAGAGAUCACUAAACAACACUCAGAAUGGUCCCAGUAUGCCUUCUGUACAGCAUUUUGUGAGAGCAGAAAUCAUGCCUAGUGGUUAUCUAAUUAGACCCUGUGAAGGGGGUGGGUCUAUCAUUCACAUCGUUGAUCAUAUGGACCUAGAGCCGUGGAGGGUACCUGAAGUGUUGCGCCCAUUGUAUGAGUCAUCUACAAUGCUUUCUCAAAGAACAACUAUGGCAGCUUUAAGGCAGUUGAGGCAAAUUUCUCAGGAGAUUUGUCAACCAAAUGUCACCGGCUUUGGAAGGCGUCCAGCAGCCUUACGUGCUCUCAGCCAGAGGCUAAGCAAGGGUUUUAAUGAAGCGGUUAAUGGAUUUAUGGAUGAAGGAUGGUCAAUGAUGGAGAGUGACGGAAUUGAUGAUGUAACUCUUCUAGUGAAUUCAUCUCCUAGUAAAAUGAUGGGUGAAAAUCAAUUCUACAGUAAUGGAUUUCCGGCAGCUGGCACUGCAGUGCUAUGCGCCAGAGCCUCCAUGCUCUUACAGAAUGUCCCUCCUGCAGUGCUACUUCGAUUCUUAAGAGAACAUCGAUCUGAAUGGGCUGAUAGCGGAAUUGAUGCUUACUCAGCAGCUGCUGUCAAAGCUGCUCCUUGCACCAUACCAGUUGCUCGUACUGGAUGUGUUGGGGGUCAGGUCAUUCUUCCUCUAGCACACACAAUAGAAAAUGAAGAGUUUAUGGAGGUUGUUCGGCUAGAAAAUCUUGGACAUUACCGUGAAGACAUGUUUAUGCCAGGAGACAUAUUCAUGCUCCAACUAUGUAGUGGAGUAGAUGAAAAUGCAGUUGGGGCAUGUGCGGAACUCAUAUUUGCUCCAAUAGACGCAUCUUUUUCUGAUGAUGCUCCGCUUCUUCCUUCUGGUUUCCGAAUCAUUCCAAUAGACUCUUCCAAGGAUGUUUCAAGUCCGAAAUGCACCCUUGACCUUACCUCAGCCCUUGAGGUUGGCCAUGCUGGAAACAAAGCACUUGCUGAUAAUAAUGGAUCUAGAAGUGGGAAAUCUGUGAUGACUAUAGCUUUUCAAUUUGCUUUUGAGGUUCAUCUUCAGGAAAGCGUUGCUUCAAUGGCACGACAGUAUGUUAGGAGUAUAAUAUCCUCUGUUCAAAGGGUAGCGUCUGCUCUCUCCCCUUCUCGUUUUGGUUCUCUUAAUGGUUCACCUUUAUCUCCCGGAACUCCCGAAGCACAGACACUUGCUCGUUGGAUUUCUCAAAGCUACAGGUGCUAUCUAGGAGUUGAGUUGCUAAAACCCAGUAACGAGGGAGGAGAAUCCACACUUAAAACUCUUUGGAACCAUUCUGAUGCCAUUUUGUGCUGCUCUUUGAAGGCGUUGCCAGUUUUCACAUUUGCAAAUCAAGCAGGACUCGACAUGCUAGAGACUACCUUUGUUGCAUUACAAGAUAUAACGUUAGAAAAGAUAUUCGAUGAACAAGGCAGGAAAACUCUCUUCAACGAGCUGCCUCAGAUAAUGCAGCAGGGUUUCAUUUGCCUUCAAGGAGGUAUCUGCAUGUCAAGCAUGGGAAGACCAAUUUCAUAUGAACGAGCAGUCGCUUGGAAGGUGUUCAACGAUGCCGAGGAUGCACAGUGCAUGUGCUUUAUGUUUAUCAACUGGUCUUUUGUAUGAAAAUUCAGACCAGGUAGUAGUUUCAGGGAUAAAUCAACAAACAGUCUAGAAAAGUUAGAAUUAUCUUUUUUCUUCUUCUUUUAAUUUUACUUAGGAAUGCAUUAGGGAAGCAAUGAAAAGGGUUCUAUACCUUUGGAAUGGCUGAUUUUGAGCUGUGCCCUAAAUCAUCUAGACUUUUUUUUUUGUUAAAAGAUACUUCCAUACUUUGACCCCCUAAUUUAUUAAAUAUCAUGUUUAUGUUUA